UCGGACGACGACUCGAUUGUCAUCUAUGACUGCGAAAAGGGAACGCAGAAGCGGUCGCUCAACUCGAAGAAGUAUGGCGUGGAUCUGAUCCAUUACACACACGCGGCCAACACUGCCAUCCAUUCGUCCAACAAAGUGGACGACACGAUCCGCUACCUCUCACUGCACGACAAUAAGUACAUCCGUUACUUUCCCGGACACACCAAGAAAGUGGUGACACUGUGUAUGAGUCCCGUCGACGACACGUUCCUCAGCGGUUCGCUCGACAAGACUAUACGUCUGUGGGAUCUGCGGAGUCCUAACUGUCAGGGAUUGAUGCAUCUGUUGGGCCGACCGGUGGCCAACUUUGACCCCGAGGGCCUCAUCUUCGCGGUUGGGAUCAACUCGGAGUCGGUGAAGUUGUAUGACUUGAGGUCCUUCGAUAAGGGGCCGUUCAAUACGUUCAAACUUCCUCAGGACAAGGACUGCGACUGGACUGGACUCAAGUUCUCGCCCGACGGCAAGAUUAUCAUGAUUUAC